AUCCUUCUGUCCAUCCAUCCACGGCCACUCUGCAACGGGCCCAGCGUCAAAAUCUCAAUUUCGAACUUAUUCGAAUUCGAGCAGGGAUGAUCGAACGUUGUUCGUCGUACAGCGCCAUCACGCACGUUUGAGAAUUGAAUCUUUUGUGCUCGCCGGGCGAUGACUGCGGGGGUGAUUAGAGUGAGUUUUGUACGUGGACCUCUGUUGCUCUGUCGCAGCAUCGUGCUCGAAAUGCACGAAGAGAGUCUGUCGCAAUUGCAAGGUGCGGGGUCGCGACUGACAGUCGAAUGAUGAAUUUUACUCCGGACCAGAACGGGGAUUUUGUGUCGGAAAGGCUGUGGGUUUGCUGUCAUUUGUGGAGGUCGAUGAAUCGAUGGCGAGGCUGCGGGCAGGGUGAAUUUGUUUGCAGCUAGAGCAGCGAGAAGAUGAGCCGGAAAAUGAGACCUAUCGGGCGUGGCACGCGUGUGAAGAAUUUCGUACAUGUUGGUGAUCGUCGAUGAUCUGGUCGUCAGAAUGCGAAUUGUCAGUUAUAAUAUUAAUGGCCUUAGAGCACGUCUGGCUCAGCAUCGAUCCCUGUCCUUGCUCCUGGAGUCGUUGAAUUCCGACAUCAUCUGCUUCCAGGAAACGAAGGUUUCUAGGCAAGAAUUAACUGCAGACAUAGCAAUCGCUGAAGGCUAUGAGUCUUUUUUCUCAUUUACCCGGGCUGUAAAGAACGGACGAAUUGCAUACUCAGGAGUUGCAACCUUCUGUCGGGUCGGCAAGACGCCCUCAAGUACAAGCCCCGUUCUACCCAUUGCUGUUGACGAAGGAUUUACCGGGCUUCUGCAUUUUUCACGGACUGAUGAGAUAGGCUGUGCCAAGGGGCGGGUUGGUUGCUAUGAAGAGGUUUUUCAGACAGACUUAUCUUCACAGGAGCUGUUACGGUUAGACAGCGAAGGCCGAUGUUUGGUAACUGACCACGGCUCAUUUGUCUUGUUCAAUAUCUAUGCACCACGGGUGGAAAGUGGAGACAAGGAUCGACAGCAGUUCAAGAAUAAUUUCUUUCAUGCUCUGCAGCGAAGAUGGGAAGGUCUCUUGAGCAAAGGCCGAAGGGUCAUAGCCGUAGGUGACUUCAAUAUUUCACCUUAUCCUAUCGAUCAUUGUGAUCCAGGACCGGACUUCGACAAGCACAUGUCUCGGAAGUGGUUGCGCUCUGUGCUACAGGCAGAAGGUGGACCUUUUCGAGAUAUCUUUCGUUUCAUCCACCCAAACAGGAAUGGAGCCUUCUCGUGUUGGUCUACAGCCACUGGAGCAGAAGAGUUUAAUUAUGGCACUCGCAUUGACUUGAUAAUUGCUGCCGGACCCUGUAGUCAUGAAGCAUCUGGCAAUCCAGAAGCUAAUGACGAAGGACAUAGCUUUGUCGAAUGUGAAGUUCUGGAUUCUGACAUACUUACUGACUUUAGGCGUGUGAAGAAUGAUACACUUCCAAGAUGGCAUGGUGGUAGAAGCUUGAAAUUGGAGGGUUCCGAUCAUGCACCUGUAUAUGUUUUACUGAGGGAGCAGCGUCAAGUUGAGCCUCAUGACGUGCCCCCUCUAGCAGCUCGGUUUUUCCCUGAGCUUCGUGGGCGACAACAGGAUCUAGUUUCUCUUCUAAAGAAGCAGCCUUCUCCAAAUGGCUUGACGAAUCUCGGAGAUGAAGGGGGUGCUUCACCCUCUGGCCAGAGGAGACUUACGGCCUCGAACUCCUUCAAAGAUCAGAGCAGAAACAAGGGUACAAAACGGAAGCUUGGCAGCUCAGUCAAUAUGAACAAACAUGAUACAGGACAAAAGCAGAGUAGUUUGCGCACCUUCUUCAUUACAUCUUCCAAGAAUGUGAAAGCUUCUGUAGAUGUCAACAGUGAGCAUGACAAAAAUGUGGAGCCCGUUAGCUACCAGGAAACAUCGUUCGAAGAAAAAUGCACAGGAAGCAGUCCCAACGCAGUUACUUCCAGGCUGCCCGCUCGUCCAAUUGAAAAAGAGAUCUUGACGACGGAUAGUACAGAGGUUACCAAUUUGACAAUGUCAGCUGAGGGAGAAGUCAAUUUUCAGCGAUGCCUAAUGGGGGCAAUGGAAGAACUCGGGUAUGGAACACCAGAUGGUCUUGACUACACACAGGUUGGAGAGUUUGAUAGAGGACGUUUAUCCCAGUCAGACGUGAACACCAUUUCUGACACUCAGGAGAAGCCCAACGCAGCAUCCGAGUGGAAAAGGAUCCAAAAUGCUAUGGCCCGAGCAGUGCCUCUUUGUAGUGGACACAAAGAACCUUGUGUAGCUCGAGUUGUCAAGAAAGCAGGCCCAAACAAAGGGCGGGGUUUUUACGUAUGCGCUCGUGCCGAGGGACCAUCUUCUAAUCCUGAGACUCGAUGCGAUCAUUUUGAGUGGAGUUCUUCGUCUAUGAGGGCAAAAGGAAAAGUUCUUGGCAAAUGAAGUUCUAGAGCUUUUACACAACUGCAAUGAUAUUUUCCCAGGAUACUCGAAUGUAAUGACAUGUGCUUCUCAGAAGCAAAGCCAUUUGAGUCAAAUCCGUGAGAGAACUUUUGAAGAUCACUAGAUGACCUUCAAAGUUUGGUGCUAAAGUUGUUGUUUCAAGCUGGUGAAUUCUACGUACCCGCAUCCUGCACGGAUGCUUUCAAAGCGUAACUUCUUUUCGCUCAUAUUCUCCGACAAAGAUAAUGUGAAUGAAGAGACACGGCGGAACUUGGCGGGAAUUCAUGCUGAUGCUGCCAAUUGGUGAAAUGCAAAUCUCUGUACAUUGUUUGACUGUACGCCUGAGUUGGAUGGAAAAGUCGGACUCCUGUACAAAACGCGAUACUGCAAAUCAAUAAUUCCAUUACAGAGUUUGUGGUACGGAGAUUUCUGGUUGAUGAAGUUGCAAUCACAGCAGGAGGGACUGGUUUAUUAUUUUAAGGUAUACAACGUAAUAUACGAGUUCCUACAAGCAGAUUUUGACCACUCUAUUUCCAAUCGCCUGACAGUAACAGUCUUAUAGAUCCCAAGGCUCAUGUAUCAUGUGCAAAGAUUCUUGCCAAAAAGCUCAAGUAUUUGUACGAUUGAAAUAAAGUCUUUAUGUGCACAUCAUCUUUUAAGAAUGC